AUGAGAUUGAAACACCAAGUCCGGAUGCAGACGGGACACUUAGAUGAAGACGAGUUCGUAGCUACAAAGACGAGAUCCAAUACACCAGAAGGAGUUGCGGCUGGCGGUAGCGGAGCUAGUACAUUCUGGUUAUCCGCUGUGUCAGCCGCAGCACAACCUCUUGAAGGUUGCAAUGAGACCGGAUUCAUCAGCAGUCAACCAUCGAUGGCAGAAUUCAUGACAGCAUUGCCUCAUAUAUCUGGCGAGGUUCCUCAUGGACCACAAAUGAGCCCUCAAACUCCACCUACUACUGGAUUCCCUAUGGAUAUUCCGCAUGGAAUAGGAUCACCUGGUGUCAAUGUGCCAGAAUAUCCUUGGAUGAAAGAAAAGAAGACCACACGGAAGAAUAGUCAACAAGGUAAUUAA